AUGUCGCUUUUCAAGAAAUGCGUCGACUUGAAUCCGAAUUUUCGAAAACCGCUGGAUAUUGGAUUGAUUUGGGAAGGCAACUAUUGGGACGAUCAAGACGUACACGACUGCUGUGACGUGGAUUGGGAUACUGUAGAUAUUCUAAUCCGGAAAAUCUCUAAAUCUCUUCAUUUACAAACGGCUCCAGAAGAAUCUGGAAAUUCUGAAAAUCCCAAAAACCCCCAAAAAAUCCUCAUUUUUCUCCCAAAAAUCUUACAACUUCCUCUGACAAUUCUAGCUGGAUAUCAUGCUGGAUUUCAAGUUUCGAUUAUGAAUCCCCUAACGACGAAAUCGAAAAUUUUGAAAUCAGUAAUUUUGGCUGAAAAUCCGAAAUUCCUGAUAUCGGUGGACGCAUUUUGGCAGGCUCAGGAGCUUAUUGAGGUCAAAAAUGCGAUUGAGCCAAUCAUCUCCUCCAUCUCCUCCACCCAAUUGCUCAUUAUCCGCCACGUGUCACCAAAUCCCGGAGUUCCGCCCCCAAAAAAGCAUUUUCCGGCGCGCCGCCCGUCCUACCGUACCCAGUUAGAUCUGCAUGAUGGACGCGACUGGGAGUGGAGUACUGUAAUGGCUGGGAUUACUGUAGCAAAAGUUCCAGAAGAUUCCUCUUUUGCCUGGAAAGAUGACGAUGUUAUUUUCACAUUUAUCAAUGAAAAUGGAAAAUCCCAUCCCGUGAGCCACACCGAGCUACUCGACGCACUUGAAGCACGAAAAGUGGGUCUCGAAGCGAAAAUUGGAAAUAACAAUCAUGUUGAAAAUUUCCUGGUGCUCGAUUUCCCCGAAAAUUUGAACUCCCUGGUGGAUUUGCUGAUUCCAUGGUAUAUGGGAAAAACCUUGACUUUGUACGAAGGUCCUCCAAACUACCCAGACUCCUCCCGUCUAGCCCAAAUCAUCUCCAAGCACAAUGUCAACAUGGUCCUUGGAGAAAGCUCACCAAUCCCAAAUCCCGAAUACCUAAAAUUCUUCAAAGUUCCAAGUCUGAAAUUCAUCGUAUCCCCUCAAUUAUCCAACUAUUUUAAGUCAUAA